AUGGCAACACAAUAUAGCCGGGUUCUGGACCUGGUCAAGGUCCAAUGCCGAGUUUUUUCCAUGACCUUUAACCCCGAUGGGCUACGCCUGGGCAACAAAGUGUUACGCCAGAGACUACGGGGUCCGACCUUGGCGGCGUGGUAUCCAAAGAAAACAGUGUCGUUUCGAGAUUUGCGGGAGGCCAUUAAGCCACUUGGCUUGACAACUUUCGACGAAGCGGAAGACGACAGGGAGGAAGCUAUUCAGAUCGCGAAGCUGCGAGGGAAAGGGAGGCCGAAAAAGAAGCGAACUGCUGCUGAAUCAAGAACAGCAAAGAAGAAGAAAUGA